AAACAGAGAAGGACUAUGGCAUCAAACAGUCUGUUCAGCUCAGUGACACCAUGUCAGCAAAACUUCUUUUGGGAUCCCAGCACCAGCCGGAGGUUCAGCCCCCCCUCCAGCAGCCUGCAGCCCGGCAAGAUGAGCGAAGUGAGCCCGGUAGUGGCAGCCCAGCAGCAGCAGCAGCAAGAGGCGGCGGCGGCCGUGCCCCGGCUGCGCCCCCACGAUAACCGCACCAUGGUGGAGAUCAUCGCCGAUCACCCCGCCGAGCUGGUCCGGACCGACAGCCCGAACUUCCUGUGCUCCGUGCUGCCCUCGCACUGGCGCUGCAACAAGACCCUCCCGGUGGCAUUCAAGGUGGUGGCUUUAGGAGAAGUACCUGAUGGGACCGUGGUCACCGUCAUGGCUGGAAAUGAUGAAAACUAUUCUGCAGAGCUGAGGAACGCUUCUGCUGUGAUGAAGAACCAAGUGGCCAGGUUUAAUGACCUAAGAUUUGUGGGCAGGAGUGGAAGAGGGAAGAGUUUUACCUUAACAAUAACUGUCCUUACGAACCCCCCGCAAGUCGCUACGUACCACAGAGCUAUAAAAGUUACAGUGGAUGGACCAAGAGAGCCAAGGAGGCACAGACAGAAGCUUGAUGACUCUAAACCUAGUUUGUUCUCUGAACGCCUCAGUGAUUUAGGGCGCAUUCCUCAUCCCAGUAUGAGAGUAGGGGUCCCGACUCAGAGCCCACGGCCCUCUCUGAACUCUGCACCAAGUCCUUUUAAUCCACAAGGACAGAGUCAGAUUACAGACCCCAGACAGGCACAAUCAUCCCCUCCAUGGUCAUAUGACCAGUCUUACCCAUCCUACUUGAGCCAGAUGACUUCACCAUCCAUUCAUUCCACAACUCCCCUGUCCUCUUCACGAGGCACAGGCCUUCCUGCCAUCACCGAUGUGCCCAGACGCCUCUCAGGUGCUUCAGAGCUGGGCCCAUUUUCAGAUCCCAGGCAGUUCACAAGCAUUUCAUCCCUCACUGAGAGCCGCUUCUCCAACCCACGAAUGCACUAUCCAGCUACCUUUACCUAUACACCGCCAGUCACCUCAGGCAUGUCACUGGGUAUGUCAGCAACCACUCACUACCACACCUACUUACCACCGCCCUAUCCAGGCUCUUCCCAAAACCAAAGUGGACCAUUCCAGACCAGCAGCACUCCAUAUCUCUACUAUGGCACUUCAUCAGGAUCAUACCAGUUCCCCAUGGUGCCGGGAGGAGACCGCUCCCCUUCCAGAAUGCUUCCUCCCUGCACCACCACAUCAAACGGAGGCACACUAUUAAAUCCUAACUUGCCUAACCAGAAUGACGGUGUGGAGGCUGAUGGAAGCCACAGCAGCUCCCCAACUGUUUUGAAUUCUAGUGGCAGAAUGGAUGAGUCCGUUUGGAGGCCAUAUUGAAAUUUUCUCUGCGCAGCCCAAUCUCCGUGAGCCAAAAACAAAUGGUCGACAAACUACAAAGUGCCUGUUUUUUAAAUAGAUUUUACUGAUAUGUGCAACUAUUUAGAUGAGAUGGUAGUGGCCAUAAAUAAUGCAAGAGUGACCAACCAAGCACAAUCCAUGUUUCAGAUUAUGUGGAUCAAAGCACAUAUUUUUCUUGGAAACAUUUUACAACUUGUUUUAUAUUUAAAAUGUAUUUUUUACACACAAAAAUAACCCAAUUUUUUUUUGUCUAGACUAUUGUCAUAAAUAGUGAGUUCGUUUGCCAAUAAGGAGAAAACGGACUCCCCAGUUAUCAGGAAAAACAUGGCGAAACAAGGCAAAGGUCGCGCUCCAUUUUAUUUUUUAAAAACCUUGAGCUCCAGAUACAGUUGCAAACAUACAAUGUAUGGGACCCUGUUCACUCACAUAGUGCAAUUCAACUGGCUUGUAUUGGUGCACAUGAAAGGGAAAGCACAGAUCAAGUUUCUUCCAUUUUGCUAUAAUACGUUCAGAUCAUGGUGGAUGUUCAAAAUUUCUAUCCAAGCCUUGUUGCACAUAAAAGUUGGAACUUUUCGGUUCAUUGCUUUUUUUUUUUUCUUCUUUCCUUUUGGUAUUUAAAAGAGAAAGUCUUCAAGGUACCAAUCUGAAUAGACAAUCUUGGGGUUUCCUCUUUGUUUUUCCUAUAAUUAUUUUUGCCUUUGUCCAAUUAACCAAAAAUAAACCCCAACCCUCCAAAAUUAAAGCAAAAUCUUAUUACUUAUGCAAAAAAUAAAAAUGGCAAUAUAUGCUACUCAAGCCAAAAUGGUAUAGGUAGUACUUGUGUUUGGCUGUGUUUUUUUUUCUUUUUAAAUUAUAAAUGUGUGAAAUUUGAAGUUAUUUGCUAACAUAAAUCAUCAUAUAACUUUAAAGAAAUAUUUAUAAUUAUUUAAUGACAUUUGGACCCUUAAACGUCUCUUAAUGUAAUGCUAUGUUGACUUCGGUCUCUAAAAGUGGGUUGUUUUUUAAAAAAAUAAUAAAAUUUCUUCAGGGGUGUGAACCUCAGACCGGUACCUGAACUCUGAAAAACAGUUCCAGUGUGAACUGGUUACAAUGCGAUUAACCCUCCCCGCAAACCAAAAUACAUCCAUAUCAAAUUAUUUUGGAUGUAGCUUUUUAAAAAAAAUAACCUAUGAAGGAAAUAUUGUGUUUAAAAAUGUUGUUAGCUAUCUGGUUGCCUUCAACACAGUCUUGCCUUUUAAUCAGUAAUAACUGAACUGGUUGAAAAACAGGAAGGAAAAAUGAGUGCUUCCCCCACCCCAGAUUUUCCUUUCUCCCUGUUUUUUCAUCAGCAUUUGAAAAAUGUUAAAUUCAAAAUGUUGUCAAUUUUGACAGCGUGUUUCUAAUUUUGAAAUGUUGACAAAUUCUGGCAGCGUCUCAAAAUUCAUAAAAAUUUCAACUAGCAGUAGCUCAGAAAUGGGAGACAGGGAGAAAUUGUGAUAAUCCCAUCAAUGUUUCUUUCAUUGAAAUUUCAACCAGGUGUAUAUAAUAAUUAGGUUUAUGAAACAAAACCAAAAGUAUUUAGCCUCUUGAUGUGAUUUAGUCACAAUUCACUAGCAUCAAAUGCUAGAGCGAUGAGGAUUCUUUUUUGUUUACUUUUAAAUAAAUAUGGCAGUUGUCAUAUUGCAGAGACAAGCACAAGGGAAUAACUGCUCUGCAGACCAAUGCUCUGCCAGUCCGGUGUUCAGCAAUAGUCAGAUCUUCAGACUUAAUACUGAAGAUGAAUGUCACCUUAAAGCCCACUCCUGGCUAUUAAGCAUUGUACACUAAUACAGGGAUAUGAAAUUGCACCAGAUACCCUUAACUAACCUGUCUGCUACCAACAGUAAACCGAGGCACCCAAAUUUUGCAAACCAAGGGCUGCAUUGGCAAGUUCUCAGGAGUCUGAUCCUGAUACAAACUCCACUGAAGUUAGUGGGAAUCUUUCCAUUGAUUUCAAUGGGUUUUUGGAUCAGGCUCCUACUGUACAUAUUAACCUCUGAUUCAGCAGUCCAUCCACAUUCAGCAAAACACUUACGCACGUGCUUAACUUUAGGCACAUGCUUAAUUCCCAUUGUCUUCAAUGGGACUUGAGAACGCGCUCAAGUGUUUUGCUGAAUCAGGGCCAUAGAAUACAUCAGAUUGCAGCCACCCUGGCUUAUAACAAGAAGUGCAGCCUGCCUAGGCUCCAUGCUGCCAGUAUGCCGUGCUCUCUGUUGACCCAGCUAGCCUUAAUUGCGUCCAGUAACCAGUAUUCUCCUUGGGCUGCACCUCUGUUGACAAUGAGGAUGUAAUCCUCACACUAAAUAAAUGGUGAACAGUCAUCCAGUAUAAUAAUUUAUUUGGACAAUACAGACAUUGUCAUCAUCAGUCGAUGGUUUAGCCAGUCAGCUACAGAGAUUACCAUGGUACAUUCCUCACAAUUUGGUGUGAUUACUUGCUCUUAAAAAAAAAAACAAAAAAAUCUUUGCCUUCUAAAGGUUGUAUACUAAGUAUGCUUAAAUAAGUAAGACACUUUUCUAAUACUUAGUUUUCCUUCAAAGAUGGAAGCUGUAAUUGAUUCUAUUUAUUUGUGGUAGCUUGAAGCAUACCACUGUCCAUUUAUUUGUAACUGUAAAGUACGUUUGCUAAUUUCAGUAGCACUUAAAAAGCCAGUGUCUGGUUACACAUUUCAGUUUUGUGUUUUGUUUAGUAAGCAAAAGAAAAAACAUGUACUGCCAGUGCAAGCGGUUUCCUAUUUAAUAAAAGGUACUAUAUUUGUAUGUUAUUUGUUAUUGCUGAGAAGGGCUUUGUAAAGAUUUACUGUAUGCAUAUUAAAUAAUUUUUUAGGGAUGCUUUUGUGUUGAAAUGUUGUGAGAGUGGCUGCAGGCAGCAACCCAGAAAUUUUUUUUUUCCUCCUUAAAGAUUUUGUUGUACCAUUCAAGCACUUCAUUUGAUUUCUGGAUAAAUCCAUCACAGACCUGAUUUCCGUUUUGCUCAGUACCUACAUAACUCUGUUUGUGUCACCCCAUUGUUAAACUGGUCCAUUAGGAACAGACUUGCAAAUAGCUUUUGCAUGCAAUUAUGCAAUGCAAAAUGCAUGCCUAGUUUGUUGCACUUGCUUUCUGACAGGCCAGGUUGACAAGGGGGGCUCAUGCUACUGUGCUAAAAAUAGAUGUGUAGACAUUGCAGUUGGGCUCUAAAGCCCAUCCCCCUCUCUAGGCUUCAGAGCCUGAACUGCAGCCUAAGCUGCAACUUCAAAGCAGUGUCUACACAGCUAUUUUAAGCACAAGUAUCAUGAGCCCCCCAAUACAGACUCUGUUGACCAGGGUUGGGUGGUUUGCUGCCAUGGUUUAUGUGGAUAUGCGCUCAGCUUCCAGGUUCACACAGGCAAAUGGCUAACUCUGCUCAUGUAAGCAGGCAAAUACUAAGAAGGAGAUAGCAAAAGCACCCAAAGAUUUAAGAGCACAAGUCCCAUGGACUUUUAAUAGAAUGUGUGCUCCUAAAUCCCUUUGGCACUUUUGAAAAAUCUCUUCCUAUAUUUGCACUGGUGAUUGGGGGUAACUACACAAACAUGUCAGUGCACAAUUGCAUGUCUGAGCUUUUGGAAAAUGCUUCCAAGUGAAUUUGGAAAUGUUCUUGAUUCAGGAUUUCAGGAAAAUGUAUGUUAUGGAGUUAAUCUUAGAUAUCAUUUACAUUAUGAUUAUUAUGAGGAUUAUUUCCUCAGAGGUACAAGAGCCCUUUUCCUUCGGGGAGUGGAAGUCUUGGUGCAGUUCAUGGAUUUAAAAAGAACGAAAUGCCUUUGUUAAUCUCCAGCUCUCUCAGAUUCUACCAAAGAUGUACUUACAUCAGAACAGGUAUGAUGUCCUUUAUACAAAAUAGAGUGAUAAAUCCAGCUCUCCAUACUCAUAUACGUAGACCUACUGAAGUCAAUGGGACCACAUGUAUGAAGCACAUUGGAUUUGACCUAAAAUGUCAUUAGAGUGGCAUUUAUGGAUUCUUUUACCAGACCAGCUGCUGUGUACUUCUUAGUCUUCAACUUCCUGCCAGCAGUCCCCCAGCAAAGAUUUCAGUCUCAACAGGCGCCAUUUUGAGUGGGGAAACUUUUGCACUGUCAUACUUAUCGGAGUACGGCUCUGCCUUGAUUACUGGAGCCUGCCAUGGAAUCCAGGUGAUAUGGUGUGCCAGGAUUCAGAUAGACAACAAGCCAUGAACCAAAGCAAUAAUUAUAACCGGUACCAGCCAUGAGUACAAGAUCAAAGAAGCCCGAUUCUCUGAACCCCUGAAUUUCUUACUGUUUUUUUAAUAUAAUGCAUUUCAUUUUAACAUUUUCUGAGAACUUUUUUAGAUGUUUGUUUACUUCCACGUUUACAGAUAACUCGUUGCUUUUUUUUUUUUAAAUGCAGUACUUUUACGUAUAUCAGCCAAAACCAUACUUUUACAGUAACUUUGUUUUAGGUAAUACAAGUGACAUUCCUUUUUGUUGUUGUUGUUAAAUAUGUUUUACCAGUCUUGAAUUUCCGCUGGAACAAAACAUUUGUAGCAUUUCUUGUAAAUACAAGCUUUAAUUUUUUUAUUUUUUCAAAUACCGUUGCCCAAGAUUUGCUUUUCAUGCACAUAUUGUACAAACACAUUCUGCUUUGUGCCACAGACAGCGAUUGUGGAUGAGUUUACUUUAAGUUCAAAGGGACUAUUUGUAUUGUAUGUUGCAACUGUAAAUUGAAUUGUUUGGCAUUUUCUCAUGAUUGUAAUAUUAAUUUGAAGUUUGAAUUUCAUUUUCAAUAAAAUGGCUUUUUUGUUAAUGUU